UUGGUAAAUGAAGUGAAAGCAGCAGCAGCAGUAUAAAAACAGCUCCCUCUGUUGUACUAGCAAAGUUUGAGUGAUCCGUCAUUUGUGUGAGUUAUUUAUCGCGUGUGUUAUUUGAAUCACACAGGGAUGAGUUCAGACGACUGCGAGCGAAUGUUUGGACACUUUAGAUGCAGCAAAUGUGAGAACACUUGGAGCAGUGCGCAUGUCUAUUGUAUCAAAACAAACGCAGGAGAGUCCCAGGCCCAGUAUGGACAGAAGUGCCGGAACUGCCAGACGAUGAACAAGCCCUACAGGGUCCAGAACCUUGAGUGUCCGUCCUGCUUUCAUCGUCCCUGCCGCUGUUAUGACGACUCGGACGACGACAGCUGUUCCGAUGAUGACGACGACAGGUCUCGAUCUGACCUUGACAGAUGGAGCUCAUCAGACGACGACGAAGGACCUGUGGAGCUGAAGCCACACCGAAGUGACCUCUGUGAAAGGUGUUUGAAGGGGAAAAAGUGUACCGGCAACUAGGCACGAGAGGCCCCAAUCACACGAGGAUUGACGGAGAUUGACGACGAUUGACGGGGAUUGACGGAGAUUGACGACGAUUGACGACGAUUGACGGAGAUUGACGACGAUUGACGACGAUUGACGGAGAUUGACGACGAUUGACGAGGAUUGACGGGGAUUGCAAAGACAUGAACAUGGACUUUCCACUUUUUAAACUUUAGACCUUCUGUUGAUAAAUGACAUGCUGCAUUAAACUGGUAUUCCUUGAAUGUACACUAAUUAAAAUUGUGGUAUUUCAAACAGAUGACUAAAGCGCUAAUCUAGAUACUAAUGGAUGCAUUUUUCAAACAAAUAAAGUAGCCCUACCACCACAAGGCUCCCCCCCCCCCAGUAGAAAAUCGUCUGAAAUAAACACUGGGUAUGCAAUGUUCAUUAACUUAAGGUGAUUUAUAGGCUUGAUAAUUAGAGUUCAAAGCAGAGAGUAAAUAUGACAUUAGAAGUCAAUAUUUCUAGGUGAUACGAUCAAAUUGUUUUUGGAUAUUAAUUUAUGUUGUUGUCAGACUUAUAAGGUACUUAGUAUUUUUUUAUCUUGUAUAUCUGUAUAUUGUAAUUAAUUAGUAAAUAAAUUGUAAAUUUUUGUUUGCAUAAAGUUUUCUAGUCUCCAUCUUUUGUAUUAAUGGGAUCUAAAUAUAGCAUACUUUUAUUGUG